AUGAAUCGAGUGAGGUCUGCAAUUAACAGCAUGAUCAAGAGCGAGCGCUACAGCAGGUUCACUCUGCAGCCGGCCGAAGACGGAGAGAGACACAUUGAGGUGAAACUGUCGGACGAGGCCUCUGAGACAGAGGACCCGUCGGGGGGAUCCCCGAGCUUCAGACCGGCUCCUCCACGUCAGAGCCGAAAUACUAUCUGCUACCUGGCUCUGGGGACCCUGCUGAUAUUUGUCAUCGGCUACUUGCUUGGUUACCUCAGCCACCGUGAAACUCGGGUGCAGCAAGUGAGCUGUGGCAAAGAGACGGAGACGGACGCUCCUCUUGAAGUAACGCCAACUGCUGCUGCUGCAACGGUUGAACCAGUUGAACCAGUUGCACCGGUUCCGGACGUUCAGAUGGACUGGGAGGACGUCACCCAACUCCUCGCGCAGAAACUCACCAGCCAGGCUUUUGACAAAACUUUAGGUGACUUUGAUUUGCCCAGACGUUCGGCAGGAAGUGCAGAAGACAACCAGCUGGCGAACCGCAUCUUUGAUCAAUUCAAGGAAGUGGAGAUGGAUCCCUGGACUGACAUCCACUACGUUCAGCUGCAGACGCCAGACAGCAAGCAUCCAAACCGUGUCAUGCUCGGUUCAGAUGUCUUCGAGCCUACAGGGUAUCUGGCCUACAGUGGGACUGGCAGUGUUCAUGGCAAGCUGGUGUAUGGCAACUACGGCCGUCGGGAGGAUCUGGAUGUUCUGCACAGCAAGAAGAUUGAACUGAGAGAGUGUGUGUUGCUGCUCCGAGCCGGAAUUAUCAGUUUUGCAGAACAGGUGGAUAAUGCUGCUGCCAAAGGAGCCGCUGCUGUUCUCAUCUACCCCGACACUACAGACUAUGUAGCGGACACGGCCCUCUACGGGCAUGUCCAUCUGGGUUCAGGCGACCCCUACACCCCAGGAUUCCCCUCCUUCAACCACACACAGUUCCCCCCAACCAAGUCCUCCGGUCUCCCCAAAAUCCCAGCCCAGACUAUCACCGCCAACAUGGCUUUAGCUCUUCUACAGAAAAUCGAAGGUCCUGAAUCGGAUGCAAGCAGCGGUUUUAAAGGCGGCCUGGCGUCAGUGAGUUACAGACUGGGAGGCAGCGAGAACAUCACCGUUGAGGUGAACAACGUUCUGGUCAACAAGGAGAUCCACAACGUGUUUGGAGUCAUCAAAGGAUUCACUGAUCCUGAUCGCUACGUUGUACUGGGAGCUCAGAGAGACACCUGGGAGACCGGUUACGCCAAAGCUACUGUUGGCACCUCCAUAUUGAUGGAGCUGGCCAAGGCUGUUCACGAGAUGGUGGAGAAAGAUGGGUUCAGACCCAGGAGAAGCCUGGUGUUUGCAAGCUGGAGUGCUGGAGAGUACGGAAGCGUUGGCGCCACCGAGUGGUUGGAGGGUUAUAUGUCCUCUAUUGACAAACGUGUUAUCAGCUACAUAAGCCUGGAUGGAGCGGUCAUGGGUCGUGGGAGCUUUAUGGCGUCGGCAAGUCCGCUGCUCUACAGCCUCCUGGAGAACACGAUGAAAGGGGUGAAGAGCCCUCUCGGUUCUGGCACUGUGUACGAUAUGGGGGGAAAGAGUAACUGGGAGGCCAAAACACUGAGGCCAAUGACAAUGGACGACCCCGCCUAUCCCUUCCUGGCCUUCUCUGGAAUUCCCUCCAUCUCUUUCCACUUCAUCUCUCCUAACACCGAGUCCUACACUUACUACGGAACCAACCUGGACACCAUGGAACACCUGGAUUACCAAACCAACCAUCACACCGAUGACAUGGCGGCGGUUGCGGCACAGUUUGCUGGCCAGAUGGCUCUGCGGCUGGUCCACGACCACCUGCUCCACCUGGAUGUGAGCCGGUACAGCGGCGUCAUCACCAAAGCCGUGGUCCAAGUCUACGGACGCAUCAACCAGCUCCUGCAGUCUGGGCAGCUGAAGGAAGUGAAUCCCAACUGGCUGAACAGUGCACGCGGCUCCUUCAAUCGCGCCGCCAGCAGCAUCAACACCGACAUCCUCAACACCGACGUCAACGACAAGGAGGCCUGUCGCAUCCUCAACGACAGGAUCAUGAGUGUUGAGCACACCCUCCUCUCUCCGUACGUGUCCCCCGUUGAGACUCCCUUCCGUCACCUCCUGCUGGGUCGGGGCGCCCACACUUUGGCGUCCAUCGCCGAGACCAACGACAUGGAGCAGCUCCGCACACAGCUGGCCCUGGCCACCUGGAACCUGCAGGGGUGCGCCAACGCCAUGGUGGGAAACAUCUGGGACAUCGACGAGCAGAUCUGAAGACGAGCCGGGGGAGGUGUGAGCGUGGGUGUCUUGUGAGUGUGUGUGUGUGUUGGCGUUCAAUCCGAGGUAAGCAGAGGGAGGAGCUCCAAUAUCAGCACUUAAGCACAAGCUGUCAAUCAGAGGUCGAAGCCCCGCCCACAUCCAGGAGGAGAUAGAAAAGUAUAAAAUACACUUUAAUCACUUGAAGAAAAAUGUACACUACUGACCAAUCUGCCUCCUCUCCUCCUGGCUGCACAUUGAAACAACAUGGCUGCGACCUCUCGCCAAAACACUGGGAAACUUUAUUUAUACUUAUUUAUUUAUCAGUGGCAGUGUCCACUAUAAAGUUAUCGUUUGUCUUUUUAUACGACGUUAUCGGAAGCAGUGUCUUCCAUAAUUAUGACGGUUAUACCGUCUAAUCCUCCGGCAGCAUCUGCUACACAAAUGACUCCUCAACUGUUGCUGACUAAAUGGAGCCCCUGAUAAAAGAUAUUUAAGGCCUUUAUUCUCUUCUGUGUGGAGAUUUUUCGGAAAUUACUUCACAAGAAAGUGGCGUAUAAUCUGUCACCGUAAUUUAUAUUUAAAAACGCAUUAAAAUGGAGAAAUGAAGGGUAGAAAAGGGUUUUUAGGAUAUUUGGAAAUACUCCAACAAGCCCAGGAAUUAAGACUUGAUGUAAUCUGCACUUGGUGGCAGAAUGAAUAAUAAAAACAUAAUUAAACCCCCUUCUCUUUUAGCAGAAAACUGAGCUGAUUGGUUCCAUGAUUUGCAAGAAAGCCAUUUUAUGUUGCACAGUGUACUCUGGGGCAGUUUACAGUACGAUAAAGUUAUCGGGAGCAGUGUCUUCCAUAAUGACGACACGUUAUUGGGAGCAGUGUCUUCCAUAAUGACGACACGUUAUCGGGAGCAGUGUCUUCCAUAAUGACGACACGUUAUCGGGAGCAGUGUCUUCCAUAAUGACGACACGUUAUCGGGAGCAGCGUCUUCCAUAACGACAAGCAGUGAUGGUAGUUUUUGCCUACCAGUGUAUGUGUGUGUGUGUGUAUUUAUCGGGAGCAGUGUCUCUCAUAUUUCACUUGGAAGAGUGGAACAACUUGUCGGGGACAGUGUUUCCCAGAGUUUUAUACUUGACAUUUUUGUUUUGUCAUCAUUUUUGAUUAUGCGCGUGUGCUUCUCAUUUGUUUUUUCUUUAUUUUUGCUUCCUGUAUCAUGCUACAACUCACCCGCAACACAAUUUAUUAGAUUUCAGUUUUGUUUGCGCAUCCGAUCAAUCGACCGAAUACUCGAACACAGAAUAUUACAUAUGAUCGCUCAUUAUAUCCACUAGAGUUAGAAACAACCUUGUGUUAGUGACUGUAAAGAUACAAAUGUACACGACUCUCUUUGCAUGCGUUUCCUCUUCACUGCACGUUACUGUCGCUUUAAUGUCAACACACUUGGACCAGAUUAUAAACUUUCCAAAGGGAUUAGGGUUAAACUAAUGUGUUCUGGGUUUUUGUUUUUGUUUAUUUCGGUACGAAACAUUUUUGUAUCCAAGCUGCUGAUAUUUAUACGAGCAUUUUGUUCCCAUUAAAGUUAGUCGGUACUUCCCCAGAAUAUAAGGGGUAUAAAACAGAAAAAUAAUGACUUUAAUUGAACAACAGUUCGUAAGUAAACAUGUUAAAAGAACAGUUUCAGUCCGUCAACCCAGUUUAAACCAUAUAAUGAACUCCAGGAUAACAUUAAAAUCCACUUUCUUUAUUUGAACAUGCACUCCAGACCAAACAAAAUGGCUCAUAUUUUACAUUACAUGUUUGAAUACAUAAAAUCCUCUCCUGGUGUUACUUCUGUUGUGCUCGAUACUGUUACAGCCCGCUUUUAUUUUCCUACCAGAGUUGAACGUUACUUAAUCCUGAGACGGGGAACUGGGAGGUUAGGAAAUAGAUUUUCUGCUGACUGUGCAACUUAAACACUGUUUCAAAACCUGUUCUUGAAAUCAUAUUUCUGUGAUCUCCAUGUUCAGUAGAAAAGUGUAAUAAAACCUUUUGGCUUAGCAUCCA